CCGCGAGGGGGCCUGAUGCAGUAACGGGAGCAUCAGCCGUUCAAGAGAGCUUCACGGCACAGGCGGGUGUGCGCACUGACUCACUCACUCACUCACUCACCCGUAGAGACAGACUGCGAUUGGAUGCGCGAGGCGGCCAGAUCGUGUGUUUUGUGUUGCUGCCGCGCAGUAUAUUUUCACGCAAGUGCCGAGGACUGCACGGGAAAAGUUUAUUUCAGAGACUCUCCAACUAACGGACAUGGCCGCUCCCAUAUCCCCCUGAACGCCAGUCGCGCGGACACAACAAAAGAUGUGGAUCCACUAACAGUCUGUCUUCUGAAUAACUCAAUGACGGAUUGAGCCAUGACAGAACAGGAUGGCCGCUGUGAUUUGUCCAUCGCCCCGGGGCAGGUGUAUGUCGAGGUGGAGUUUGAUUAUGAGUACAAGGCGAAAGACAGACUUAUCUCCAUACGGCAGGGAGAAUGCUACAUGUUGGUUCGCAAAACCAAUGAGGACUGGUGGCAAGUUCGUCGGGAGGAGGGCACCAAGGCUUUUUAUGUCCCCGCUCAGUACGUCCGAGAGGUCCGGCGUGCCCUUAUGCCGCCGCCCAAACCUCGUGCAAAGCCCCCUAAUGUUCUUGAAAUCGCCCAGUGCUGGUCAUCGAAUGAAAAUCUCAACCAACGCGCUCCAACGGAAUGGUCCAGCUUCAGCAGGCCACCUCCUUCAACGACGCCGUCCCCAUUGCCAGGUCAACAGACCCCGCCUCUAAUGUUGCGGGACACCAAUCAGAACACAGGGAUGAAGAGCGUUGUUGCUGAGCUCACUCUGCUUAAAAACAACAACCAUCAUAACUAUCACCAUGGCAACCCCACACUUCCACAAGGACGAGCGGAAUCCCCUCCACAGGAGCAAGGUUGCCCGGGGAAGCUCCCAGGCGGGUCGUCGGUGGACACGGAUGGAAGCGUGUCACCAGGAAACGGGUUGGAGAAAAUGAGAAAUGACUCUGAAUCUGGAGAUGAGCUCAGCAGCAGUUCUACCGAACACAUGCAGGGCAUAUCUCCCACCGGACAGGGUCGACCCGAGUCCCCCGUUUACACCAACCUCCAGGAGCUAAAGAUCUCUCAGUCGUCUCUCCCACCUGUUCCCUCUUCCUCUCCUCUGCACAUCCUGGGCGACUGGGAAACGCACAAAGAUACGAGUGGAAGAAACUUCUACUACAACCGCAUGACUCAGGAGAGGACCUGGAAACCGCCCCGCUCUCGAGACUGCGGACUCACUCGUGGGGACACGUCCAACUCUGGAGACAUGGAGCAUUUGUCUUCUGAGGAGAACUGCCUCAGCACACACUCCAGUCAGUCGGACAGUCAGUACGGAUCGCCCCCUAGAGGCUGGUCUGAGGAACUGGACGAACAUGGCCACACACUCUAUGUGUCUGAAUACACCAAUGAGAAGUGGAUUAAGCAUGUGGACGAACAAGGGCGGCCGUAUUACUACAGCGCUGACGGAUCCCGCUCAGAAUGGGAGUUACCAAAAUAUAAUCUCUCUCCUCCGAUCUCUGAAGAAGCUCCUAAGAGUCACAGUUUGGAAAGAAAACAGCAGGAGCCCAUUGUGCUGACCAAGUGGAGACACAGCACCUAUGUGCUGGACAUCAGUGACAAGCUGCCAUUCAAAAGCAGAUGGUUCAGUGUUAAACGCCUCUCCAGGGGCUUCGGCCUGUCACUGUACAGAGAAGAGUCUGUAAAUGCCAAAAACAACUCUCCUGAAUCAGACUCCUGCCCUUCUUCACCCAAACACCCCUCCACUCCCUCAGAAAAGUGUGGUGUUCUCAAUGUCACCAAGAUUACUGAACAUGGCAAGAAAGUCAGGAAGAAUUGGGCCUCCACCUGGACUGUCCUGCAGGGAUACUCUUUACUUUUUGCAAAGGGUCAGGGCAGCGGCACCAGCUGGUUUGGAGGCAACCAUUCUAAACCCGAAUUUACAGUGGACCUGCGAGGUGGUUCGGUUGAGUGGGCAUCCAAAGAAAAAUCCAGCAAGAAACAUGUCAUUGAGCUGAAGACACGAGUGGGCACGGAGUUGCUGAUCCAGUCUGAGAUUGACAGCGUUAUCAACGACUGGUUCAGAGCGCUUUCUGAGACCACCAACACACAUGCUUGGGAGUCUGAUGAGGCCAUUGAAGAGGACAUGCCGGAGUCUCCAGGAGCUGAGAAACACGACAAAGAGAAAGACCCGCGAGACUCCAAGAAACACAGAGUCGUAAAGAACCCCAGUUUGGAUUCGUCUGAGCAGAAGAAGACCAGAGUCAAACUGAAGAAGUUCCUCACACGGAGACCCACAUUACAGGCUGUCCGGGACAAGGGCUACAUAAAAGAUCAGGUGUUUGGCUGCAGUUUGACUGUCCUGUGUCAGAGAGAAGGUACUUCCGUGCCUAAUUUUGUCAAGAUGUGCAUUGAGCAUGUGGAGAAUACAGGCUUGAAUGUUGAUGGCUUGUAUAGAGUCAGUGGAAACCUGGCUGUCAUACAGAAACUGCGCUUUGCGGUCAAUCACGAUGAGAAGGUGAAUCUGGAAGACAAUAAGUGGGAGGAUAUCCACGUGACUACAGGUGCUCUCAAGAUGUUUUUCCGGGAGCUUCCAGAGCCUCUGUUCACUUACGCAUCCUUUAAUGACUUUGUCGAAGCCAUUAAGCCCUCCGAUUACAAGCAGCGAGUCCAGUCCAUAAAAGACUUGAUCAAACAGUUGCCAAAACCCAAUCAGGAAACAAUGAAAGUGUUAUUCAGACACCUGAAAAGAGUGAUAGAUCAUGGCGAGGUGAACAGGAUGACUACCCAGAGCGUGGCUAUCGUGUUCGGCCCGACCCUGCUGCGGCCAGAGGUCGAGACGGGCAAUAUGGCGGUUCACAUGGUCUAUCAGAACCAGAUUGUAGAACUCAUCCUUCUAGAGUAUGACAACAUUUUUGGCAGGUAGAAUCAAUUCAGAGAACACAGCGCCAGUUUAACAUCUCAUAUCCAUCGCACAAAAACAUACCACUGCUUAAUGGAGUAUAUAAACAAACGUGAGUGGAUUUACUGUGACAUAUGACUGGAUAUAAGCAAAGAAAAUGACUACAGGAAGAUUCUUUAUGCACUUAAUAUUUUUUGCAGUUCUGAGGAUAUACACACUUUUUUUUUCAUUUGGAUCGUCAUUCCUUGGCUCAGAAUAAGCUGGAUGGACUUUUGGACAAUUAUGGAUGGUCACUAGUCUCCAUUAUGCACUCUUUUUUUUGAGAAAUGGGAAUACUUUUCUUAGUUGGACACUGGAACGGACUUUGUCUUAGCCAGUAUUGACGACUAGUAUGAAAACUGCUUGAGUGGACACUUUCAAGUCUUUGCAGUGAAAUGUUUAAAAGAAAUUCUGAUUUUGACUUGUAUCUGGGCUCUUGCAGGGCUCAGAGGUUUAGUUUUCUUCAUUUUUUUCCUGUGGAAUAAGCUGAAAGUGCGCUGUAUUAGGAGACAGUAUUAUUUAACAAUGACUACUGACCUACGGAUAGUGGGGUUGGACAAUGAUUAAUAAUCAGUAUUAGGACAGGAUUCCUGUUUCAUAUUGGGAAAAUUCUUGUUUUUUCUGUAUCCAGCCAUGUUUGCCCUCCAUCCACACCUCCCUUAAGUUUACUGGAAAAGUUGUGCGCCUCAUGCUACUGGAUAACAGACAUGCUCUUCACGCAGUUAUGUCAUCCAAUAGAAAAACUUCCUUUUAAUGAAAAGACCCUACCUUCAAUGAAAUAUCCAGGUUUUCACGCUUUUGAGAUCAAACCUGUGUUGUUUCCUUGGAAGAAACGGACGGUGUUGUGCUGAAUUGUGUAACAGUACGAACCAGAUCUCUCCAGAAGAGCUCUCAAAAACAGUCCGAGGUCUCAUCUCUCGCCCUUGUAUCUCUCUAGGCUUACUGGAAAAAGAAAAGUGAGCUGCUUAGAUCGGCAUUUAGGCCUUACACGGUUUCAGAUCAAUACAGAAUAUUCAUCUACUGUUUCCGGCUCUGCCUCUGGAUGGAAAGGAGCUUGAUAACAAAUUGACAGGAUGGUACUGGAAAUAGUGCUGCAGUUAGUCUUCACUGAAGGUACGCAUGAGAAAUGCCUUCUCUGUCUCGUUUUUAACAAAAUAUGAAAACAUGUGUACAGAAUACUUGAACUUGUUGUAAAAAAAAAAAAAGAAGUGUGAUGGCUUGAAGUUGUGUGUCAGUAACAAAUGGAAAAGAUCUAAUUUUGUUGAUGUAUGGAUGAAGGUAAUGAGUAUUAGAUGGGACGGGGGAGGGGUGAUGUCAUCACCGAUUUGUGAACUGCACAUUGUGAAUGUAAUUUUCAGACUAACUGCUGUUUCUGAAAUUGACGCCUAAUCCUAAUUAAAAAGACAAAAACUCAUGGAUAAUAUUAAAGUGAUAAUGCUCGA